GCACUGCAUUUACUGCGAGCUCUCGCCACGCCCAGAAGCUGCAAGAGUGCGAUGACGGGUCUUAUCGCCAAGCAGUUCCCUCCGGAGGUACUCCGCGCCGGUGACCUGAUUGAGUAUUACAGCCGUCGCUUUGUCGUAGGCGACCCUCGAGGCCUUCGCGUCGCCGUUGUUCAGGCCAUCGACGACGGGCCGGGCACACCGUUUCCAGUAAAGCUGGACACCGAGGAACCUCUGCUUGGAGACAACCUGUUGCGCCGUCGCAGAGACAGCUCAGGCAAGAAGCUUGACAUCGAGAAGGAGGUGAAGUGGCGUAAGCUACGUAGCUACAAGUUGGAGGCCGGCAAGAUCAGGCGUCCUACUCACACCACCACUUUGGGAGAGCGCCUGUCGGCUGCAGUCGACGCAGCCAUGGCUGAUGUGCACGUGCUACUACGUGGUGGAUGCGAGGAUUUGACUGCUACUGGCUCGGAUGCCCAGGAAAAUCUCUCGCCCCCACUAGAGAUGGCUCUGACCAAGAAAAAGAGCCCCAGUACUGCAGGAACGGCAUUGAGGUCGACUUCCAGUGGUGCAAUGCAGCCCCAAACUAUUAUGGAACACGAUUGGUCCGAGGAAAUAUGUGCGCAAGAGGCAGGAGACGCAGAGACGGCCCAAAACCAAUGUAGAGAUGCCGCAAGCAAGAAAAAACCCUCCAGAAGCUCCGAAACCGCAUCGACUCCGAGCCCAAGGCAGCAGUGAGGAGCCAUGUGCAAGCGAGGAAAUAGGUGAACCGCCCACGGAUACGGAGCUGUUAGCCGCCCAAGCCUAUGCUAAUACAGUACCUACUCGCUGGAUGCGCAAAAAAAUCAGACACCAGGCGAAACAAACAGCGUAUACCUGGAAGCAGUAUCGCUCUCGUCAACAUCGCUACCAAGCCAAGUGCGCUAUUACUCGAAGUGGCAAUCAAAUUUACCACGCGCACUCGCUCAAAGCAAAGAGGGUGAAAGCACUUUUGCGACUUCCAGGUGUAAUGGGAAAACUGAAGGUUCUUAGGGAGCGCCGCCAAGUGUACACGACACCAACAACUACAUCCAGACCGCUACCUGCCGAAGUGCCCUGGCCCCCCGAGGUUACUAAGAUUCAGGAGUGCAUGAAUCCCAGUGGAAUCACCUUCAAGGACGUUGGUGACUUUGACGUUUGCUCCUGCAUAGGCGACUGCUUUCUGGACACGUGCUCGAAUGCGUAUUCAGCCGUGUUCUGUACGCCAGACACCUGCAUCCUGGGGGCCGCUUGUAGUAACGCCCCAAGAUCUCUCGAGACGCUGACACUGUACGACACUGGGCGAGUAGGCCUGGGUGUCUUCACCACUACCGACUUGGACGUGGGCGACGUUGUCGGCGAGAACGCCGGUGUCCUCAGUGAGUACGACGCGUUGGUCGACGGACAGCCUGCCGGGGCGUUAAAGUACAACAGCGGUUACACAAUGUUCUACAACACAAAGUCGGCAAACAAGAAGUACGUGUACGUGGAGGCAAAGGCCUGCGGCUUUACUACACGGUUCUUAAGUCAUUCCUGCAAACCUAACGCUGCUUUCGUGGAGGUGCGCAAUCGUACCAGUGUCAAAGUACUUGUACGAAUGAUCGACGAUGUCAAAGCCGGCGCCCAGAUCACAGUAAACUAUGGGAAGGAGCGAUGGUUUAAGUGCGUCUGCGACGUAUGCUGGACGGUGGAGGCAAAGUAGUCAAACGCUCGCAUCAGUCACGUUGCAGGGUCUGUGCUGGAGCUGUGCAUUAUGGUUUAGCGCACGAAUACAUUCUCAAUGAACUGCUAUAGUACCAAAUGUUAUAUUUUUAGCUUUUCAAUGCUGUACUCCAGAUUCGAUUGAUAUAAACGCAUCCACUAGUUGUUUGCAAUGUACAUAUACGUAUCUUCACUCU